GCGGCCAUGGGGCCCGGCGCGCGCCUCGUCACGAUCCGGAGGAGCGGGGCGGACGGCGCCCACUUCCCGCUGAGCCUGCGCGCCUGCUCGUUCGGAAGGGGUAUUGAAUGUGACAUUCGUAUCCAGCUUCCUGUGGUGUCAAAACAACAUUGCAAAAUUGAAAUCAUUGAGCAGGAGGCAGUGUUGUAUAAUUUCAGUUCUACAAAUCCGACAAAAGUAAAUGGGUCUAUUAUUGAUGGGCCUGUACAACUAAAACAUGGAGAUCUAAUAACUAUUGUUGAUCGAUCUUUCAGAUAUGAAAAUGAAAGUCAUCAGAAUGGAAAUAAGUCACCUAAAUUUUCAGGAAAAAAUCAUGAACAGGAGCCAUCACGUUGUGUCUCAAGAUCUGGCAUCUCUUCUGAACCUGACUCGAGAGAUCAAGAUUCCAAACCCCAUUCAAAAAUCACUGAGGGCGAUGUUUCAGGAAGGCCUCUGGUGCGCGUCAAGAAUGCCACAGGAGACGGUUGUGCCUCGGAGGGCUCAGAAGACAGCAUUGCCCAGGAAAUGCCCCAUGUUCACUCCUCAGAGCAUCCUGGACAUCGCGACAGCAGUGCAGGAGCUUCCACUUCUGAGGAGUUUAAAGAAAGCUCCAGGGUAGCAGCAGUGAGCUGUGGUGGAGAACUGGAGCCUCUUCCCUCUACGCGGUGUCUUGACAGCAGCCGGAAAGAAGACUCUCCCUUUAAGAAGCUUUAUCAGUCCAUGAAGGAAGAGUUACGUGUAAACUCACAAACAGGAAACGCUCUGCAGUAUCAUAAAAAAUCAGGAUCACAGGUGGAUUUCAUGACAGACAAAGCAAGUUCUGAUGAUUUUCACAAAGAGAACCAGCAACUGGGCUCCGGGAAAUCCAGACUGAAAUGUGGUAGACGCUCGCUUGUGAAAACAGCUUCGCCUGCCCUGGGGAGCAGCCGAGAGCAGCAGCGUGGAGUAGACUCCGCCCAGUCUCAUGGAACGGCCAAGAGCCCCUGCACGCCUCUGUCUGAGAUGACUCAAGUGAAGACCCCAGUGCGAUGUUCCCAACAAAACUCACAAAAACGUAAGCAUGAAGACCCGUGUGCUAUUGAUGGAAGAGAACCUGAGAAUUUAGAUACGAGUGAAGGCUUCAAGGCCGAUGAUAAAACAGUCAGCCCCGGGAGGCUUUUAACUAGAAAGCGAACACCAAUAAAAGCCGAGGAGACCUCGCGCUCUGACAAAGCAGAAAAUCUGUCUUCCAGAAACAGACGUGUUCCUGCAAAUGUGCACAUUCUGCCCACAGACACAGAAAUCCAGAACCAGCCUGUAGCUCAGUGGCUCACUCCAGUUGAAAAGAAGAUUGAGAAGGGUUCUCCCCACAAGCCUGAACAACUGGGCCCUACAGCUGGACAGAUUUCCUCUGGGUUACCUGGUCUUAGUUCAGUUGAUAUCAACAACUUUGGUGAUUCCAUUAAUAAGAGUGAGGGAAUGUCUUUGAAAAGAAGGCGUGUGUCUUUCGGCGGGCGUCUGAGGCCUGAAUUAUUUGAUGAAAACUUGCCUCCAAAUACACCGCUCAAAAGAGGAGAAACACCGACGAGAAGGAAAUCUCUUGCAACUCAAACUCCAGCUGUCCUGAAGAAGAUCAUAAAGGAAAAUCCUCAACCAUCAGGAAAAGAGUCUUCAGAAAUCUCUUUGGAACUGACCACGCGAGGCAGUGGUUCUCCAGCUCCGAGUCCUCCAGUUGCGAAUGACCAAAGACGUAGGUCGUGCAGAGCAUCCUCUGCCUCUGGUGGCGGCAGAUCUCCCCAGCAGACAGGCUUUCCUAAGAAAGGAGGAAGGAAGAGUGGCAGCUUACCUUCAAAGAGAACGUCCAUCAGUCGAAGUCAACAUGAUAUUUUACAGAUGAUUUGUUCUAAAAGAAGGAGUGGUGCUUCAGAAGCCAAUUUAAUUGUUGCAAAAUCUUGGGCAGAUGUGGUAAAACUUGGUGCAAAACAAGCACAAACUAAAGUUGUAAAACAUGUCCCUCAAAGGCAGGUGAACAAAAGACCAAGAAGACCUAAUACUCCAAAGAAGACUGCAGAGAAUCUUCACAAUCAAUUCAGCACAGGCCAUGCCAAUUCUCCUUGUACCAUUGUCAUAGGGAGGGCUCAUGUUGAAAAAGUAAGUGCACCUGCUCGGCCCUACAGAAUGCUGAACAACUUUGUUUUCAACAACAGAAAAAUGGACUUUAAUGAGGAUCUUUCAGGGCUGACUGAAAUGUUCAAGACUCCGGUGAAGGAGAAACCAGAGAUAAACACCUGUCCCAUCACUCUUUCAAACUCAGAGAAUUUGCUUGGGAAAAAGUUGGAAGUAACUAUUUCUGGAGAAAAACCUCUGCCUCCCACAUUGGCGAAUUUUGGUUGGUUUCAUUUUUUCCCUAUCAGAACUAAUCAAAACCCCAAGAAGUGGGAAGAAGUGUUUGAAGACGCCGCCAGAGAAAGGGAACGUGAAAGAGAAGCUCUCAGCACUGGAAAAGCUGAAGCAAACAGAACCAGUAAGUGA